CAAGUGUUAUCAAGCUUAAUUGAUACCAUACGAUGGAGUUCAUCUUCCAGCUUGAAGAAGGAGAACGUAUCACCUUUCUUCAUCAGCUGUUGAUUCAGACCUUUGGGUGCACUUAUAUUUCUGUAUGGUCCUACCUGCCUCAACCAUGCAACUACUUUAUCCCUUUGGACGGGCUCUUCAAUGGAGAAAACAAUGUUGCCAGAAGGCUGUUUGAGGAGUAUAUCCACUCAUUACCAAUAGCCAAUGAUGGGCAUAUUCCUGGAUUGGCAUUUCGAAAUAGUCUUCCUUAUUUGGAGCUCCAGUUUGAUGAUCUGCAAACUCUUGUAGCAACUCCAGUGCAGCUCCAGUUCUAUAGGGAAGCUGGAAUAAAGACAGCCAUUUUAAUGGGGUGUAGCACAGGUGAAAUUGAGGUUGGAAUGUCUAUCAUCCCUGAGGUUAACAUGGAGAUGGAGAUGAGGAGGUUGAUGUUCUCUCCUUAUCAGCAUUUAAUUCCCAAAAGCAAACCUAGCUCAGCAUCACCAUCUUCAACAUCCCCAAUAUCAGAUUUCUCUAUGGAAAGCCAACAAGAGUACACUUCUCUUCUCACAAAUGACCUCCCAUCAAUAAUGACUAAGGCAUAUCUAGCUGUCAUCUCUUCUUCUCUGCCCCCACAACCACCAUUAUCAUCUUCUCCAUUUCAUUAUCCUCUUGAUCAAUCUCCCGAAAGCUUUUCUGCACCAAAUUUCCAAAGGAAAACCGCUUUCGAGAGUUAUCACAUCACCACAAGGAUAAAUAAUAAUGCCAUCCCAAUGUUCAAAAGAUGUGUGACAUUUUUUAGAAACUUGAAUAAUAAUGUGCAAAGGAGAAUUAGUCAUCAUCAUCAUCAAGUUAGCAACAGUGCGACAACAUAUUCAUCUUCACAUGUGAUUGCUGAAAGAAGAAGGCGCGAAAAGAUCAACGAAAGCUUGCGACAUUUGAGGUCUCUCCUUCCUGUCGGGAUUAAGAGAGACAAGGCAUCAGUGCUUACCAACACUACCGAAUACAUAUCAACAUUGAAAGCACAAGUAGAAGAGCUCACUAAAAAGAACCAAAUGAUGGAAACACAACUAUCAUCAUCAUUGUCGACGUCGCAGAAAGAGGCCACCGUCACCACGACUGCCUCCUCAAGCGGUGAAGCUAUAGAUGUGAACAUCACAGCCGUUGACGGAUCAAUGCCAGAAGAAGCAGCUGUGAGAUUGGUAGACUUGCAAGUUUUAGUGAGGGGAGAAAGUAGUUGUGGCAUGUCCGAUAUGAUUAUCCGUUUGCUUGAGUUCUUGAAUGGGGUUGACAAUGUCGGAUUCAUCUCUCUACAAGCUAACACCACAGUAAUUCAAUCAACCACACUAAAUCACGUCGUUUUAAAACUCAAGAUCGAGGUAGAUGAAUGGGACAUGCCUGCGUUCCAGGAAGCUGUUAAAGGGAUUAUAAUUUUAUAGUUGAAGUGUGACCUGACAUAGCAAGAUCAACCUGCUCUGUAUUGCUCACAUAACAACAAUACUGAUCAUCAUAAUUGAAAUCAUUUCAAAGACAAUAUAAUCAUCAUUGUAAUUGUAUAAUUAUGAUGGUUAGCCGACUCCAAACUCUUUUGGAACUAAAGCUUGGAUGUUGGUUGUAUGAUGAUUGUAUAUCACUUGAUUGCAUGAGGCCUUUCACGACGUGAUUAUAUAAUACUAGCAUAGAAUUUCAUAAGAAUUGGCCGGAGGCCGACAAUCAAGUUUUGGGUAAUAUGUAUUAGCUUAGUACAGUGUAAUUGCCAACUAACCAAUUUAUGUGUAUCAUGUAUCAUUUAUGAACUAUGGAAUUCAUUGCU